AUGGACGAAUGGGUUUGUGAUUGCCGCGAGCACUCUUUUCUCUGUAGGUUGAUAUCACCAUGAGUGAAAAAAAUGUGGUACGUAAGUAGAUUUUUGGAAACUGCUUCUUCAGUAACUGGUUGUAGCUGUUUCAAUUUGCCAUGUUUUGGACCUUCAUUGAAAUUCGUAUUUGCAGCUCAGCUGUAUUUACGGACACCCGCCUAGUACGGACACCUCAUUAUUACGGACAAUUUGUUUGGUCCCUGGGGAAAGAAAGCCCUUAUGUCUAAAUUCAACAGGCUUAACUCGAACACCCCGUCAAUACGGUUACUUUCUACGGCCCUCUUGGUGUCCGAAUGAACGGAAUUGACUGUACAAUGCCUACAAUGUCUGUUACAUGAAUGUCUCGGGCGAUAUACAUAUACUAGUGAUUUAAGCUCUGACCUAUUUCAGGCUAAAAAGACUAUUUGAAAUAAUUAAGCAAAUGUUUUUAUAUGAUGUUUACGUAAGUUAAAAAUAAAUUACAAAGAUUCACCAUUGCCAGCUAUUGUUGCUUAAAAAGGAGUCAUUUUGGUAUCCUUAAUAAGAGAGGUUUGAUGGUUGUAAAAGGGUUUAUUGGUUUAUCGCACCUGCCCUCCCCAACCCUUUAAGAAUUUCAGUUUAGGUUUACAGCUAUUUCGAGAAACGUUAUUGGAAAUAAUGUGUACACGACAAUCCUGAAAGGUAACGUGGGAUAUGAUCAAUACACUGUUCCGGACACUGUAGCUGUCGAACCUACUUUUGUUGCUUUCCUUAAGCAAUCGCAAACAUAUGUCCAUGGCCUCUCGUGCCAUUCUUUCAAAUUUCUUUGAACAACAGUGAACUCCAAUCCCCCCACAAUACCUUUCGGGAUUGUCACGUGCACUUUUUCUGACAACCUUUCUCGAAAAAGCUGCAUACUUUCAUUUCAAAAUAAAUGUUUUCUGAAAACACACCCUUUGCUCUAGCCCAACGCCAACCCUGUACUUGCCCUUCAUCUCAACUUAUCCAAUGGCCAAUUAGAAGACUUUAAAGCCAAGAUUAAAAAACUCAUCAACAAUUCAUCAAGAUGCUUAGUCCUAGGUUCAGUUUCCAGCCAGUUUAUAUAUCACAUUCAACUGGUCAAGACUAGACUCACUGAAACGGCUGGAAAUUAUGCCUAGAUACUGCAGUUAGUUUGCACACCCGGCUUAACAAUUUAUCACUAUUACUUUCAUCUUUAGCUCAUCAGACAGCGGCUAAUUGAACUAGAGAAGAAACAUGCAAAAGCUUUGAAAAAACUUCAGGUGAGAAUUAUCCCUUAUGUAUACUAUGUGAGUGGUUUGGUACAAAAUUAAGUGCAGUACUAUCAUUAUUAUCACCAGUUAAGCUUUAAUGUUUUCAAAUUAACAGCGCGGUCCAUGUAAAAUCAAGCUAUUCUUGCUUACAAUUUCAGAGAGCUGAAAAGUACAAGCAGAGGCGACAAACUUUUCAUGGAUUUACAGUUAGAGAUGCAAACACUAGUAAUUCAAUCACUGUGGACAACUCUAACGUUCUUUUAUCUAAGGACACAAUCUCUACAGAUGUUAGAAACUCACGGUGCUCAUCAGCUCAAAAAAAGGGAGUUACUAAAACUGUGACAUUCAAGGAAGCUCUUGACAGUGAUAGUAAAGGUCAGCCUCGAUCAGAGAAUGAAUGCAAAAUUGUAGAGCAAAGUGGCAGGAACAAAACAUUUAACAGGAAAUCUGAAUUAUUAGCUUCAAGUAUUCCACAGCAAAUAUCUGAAGACAAUGAAAAGGUGUUGCAGUGUUCGGUCAGCAGUGACAACAGCUUUGUUGCAGUAGAUAGUAGUAUGGUUACACCAACAGGCUCUCUUAUUUCAUCUGAUAAUGAAACAAUUCUUGAUAGUGAUGUGGCUUCUACGGAUGGGAAAGAUUGUUUCCAGAGUCAUCAAGGUGUAGACCUUAAGGCUAUAGACAGUCGUCUCUGUGGCUCAGGACAGGGUGUUGUACAAGUACCUUCAGCAGGUAAUGAAAGUUGUAACCAUGAAUUGUCGCAAAAGCAAUGUCAUUCUAAUGGUCUGCUAGGGCAACAUAAUGCAAAAAAUGUGUUAGCUCAAAGCAAAGAAAAUGUCAAGAUGAGGAAUUCAUCAGAUCAUCAUAAUGCACAAGAUGAUAGCACACGACAUACAUGUAGCUUGGAAAAAGCAAAUGACAGAGUGACUUUAAUUGAAAAUGGUGGAAAACAUCAACACAAAUCAACCACCAACUCAUUCACCCUGGAUGAAAGUAAUGAUUUUCCUUCAGGAAAUCAGCCCUGGUUAUGGCUCUUUGAAGAACAGUUUCCAAGAAGGUCUCCACGGAUACAAUCAAUGCCAAACUUCAGAGAUCGAGCUCAUUUUUCUCAGGAUAACAAAGUUACACAUCCAAAGAAAACAAAACGCAUAAGAAAAAAGAAGUCAAGGACAGAGAAUGAUACUCCAAUCAGUAGAAACAAUAACUUAAAAUCUACCACGGUACAUGAAAAUAACGGCAAUUCGCCACAUAGCAGUUUUCCUGAAGAGAGUUCAUGUAUCAGCAAUUUUGUUUUUCCAAGGCCUACUCAAGAACAAACAAAAAAUGGUGGGUCUCUGGCUGUUGUAGUUGACUUUUCUCUACCUGAUAGAGAGUUUGCAAAGCUGAAGCUUGCAAAAAUCAAGGGAACUUUGUCAGCAGAAAGGUCAAGUAAAGACCUAAAUACUGUAGUGGAAAAGAUUACGGAAGAGCAUGGUACUGAAGUGANUGUGGCUUCUACGGAUGGGAAAGAUUGUUUCCAGAGUCAUCAAGGUGUAGACCUUAAGGCUAUAGACAGUCGUCUCUGUGGCUCAGGACAGGGUGUUGUACAAGUACCUUCAGCAGGUAAUGAAAGUUGUAACCAUGAAUUGUCGCAAAAGCAAUGUCAUUCUAAUGGUCUGCUAGGGCAACAUAAUGCAAAAAAUGUGUUAGCUCAAAGCAAAGAAAAUGUCAAGAUGAGGAAUUCAUCAGAUCAUCAUAAUGCACAAGAUGAUAGCACAAGACAUACAUGUAGCUUGGAAAAAGCAAAUGACAGAGUGACUGUAAUUGAAAAUGGUGGCAAACAUCAAAACGAAUCAACCAGCAACUCAUUCACCCUGGAUAAAAGUGAUUAUUGUCCUUCAGGGAAUCAGCCCUGGUUAUGGCUCUUUGAAGAACAGUUUCCAAGGAGGUCUCCACGGAUACAAUCAAUGCCAAACUUCAGAGAUCAAGCUCAUUUUUCUCAGGAUAACAAAGUUACACAUGCAAAGAAAACAAAACGCAUAAGAAAGAAGAAGUCAAGGACAGAGAAUGAUACUCCAAUCAGUAGAAACAAUAACUUAAAAUCUACCACAGUACAUGAAAAUAAUGGCAAUUCACCACAUAGCAGUUUUCCUGAAGAGAGUUCAUGUAUCAGCAAUUUUGUUUUUCCAAGGCCUACUCAAGAACAAACAAAAAAUGGUGGGUCUCUGGCUGUUGUAGUUGACUUUUCUCUACCUGAUAGAGAGUUUGCAAAGCUGAAGCUUGCAAAAAUCAAGGGAACUUUGUCAGGAGAAAGGUCAAGUAAAGACCUAAAUACUGUAGUGGAAAAGAUUACGGAAGAGCAUGGUACUGAAGUGACGAGAGAUACAAAACUGUUUGAUACAAAGUGUGAAAAUAAAACAGUUGUUGAAGAGAAAACAGCUGCAGAAAAUGUUGGUGAGGUUGAAGAUCAUGCAGCAUCAGGACUUGAGGAAAUGAAAGGUCAAACAGAGAGGACGGAAAAACAAAAUUUCAGGUUAGAAGGAGGUGUAAUUUCCUCAGCCACUGGUUCAAAAUGUCUAACCCAGCAAGAAAAAAAGAAAAACUCCACACAAUUGGUUUAUAAUGAGCAAAAAUGUAAAGAGUCCAGAAUUGUAUCUUCCGGAGAUGCUUGGUGGAGCAAUUCCUUUGAAUCAGAUCAUGAACAAGUGGUUUCUCACAUGCAUAGUGUGACAGCAAAACAAAGUCAGGUUUCUUCAGAGAAAGAAUCACAAAAAUAUAAGGGUGUUGGAACUUGUGCAAAUCACUGCAAUUCCUGUCAUAUCAAUGGCUCAUGCACAUCUUUUACUGACGUUGUUCAGCAAACUGAUGACAAUGGAAAGUUAAAUGAAUCCUACAACAAUUUCUGUGAUGGAAAUUCCUCUUGGGUUAAAUCUAACAUCUUAGACAAUCUAGGUGAUGGAUUAUCAAAGGGGAAGACUCCACUAGCAAAAUCCACAGUAGAAAUUAAUGAGGAAGACAAUUUUUCAAGUCAGAAACACUCUAAUGAAUUAAAUUUGAAAGAAAGUGUUGUACUCAGUGACUGUGGUAAUGCAGUUUCCGGCGAAGCAAUUGUUAAAGAAAUGACAACGAUCCCCAUCAAACAGCAACAUGUUCAAGAGGCGGUCAGUUUAACUGAAGUGAAGUCUAGCCCACCUCAAUAUUACAAUGAGCCGAGUUUAGGGGAUGCAGCCACUCCACAUGGAAAGAUGAAAGAACCUUUAGAGAGCUCACAGCUGUCCCAGUUGAUGUCACCAGAGGAGAGCAAAGACUUUUCUCCUUUGUUAAUGACAGCUUGUUUGCAGGUAAUAAGGUGUUAAAAUUUUUUAUUUGUUGUUUCAAUUUUAUCCCUGGUCUAAGUUUUCUUUUCUUUUCUUUUCUUUUCUUUCACACACAAUCAUCACCAUACAUUAUCACACAAACAAAGCAAAAUGUACACUGUAUUGAAAAGGGACAAAAUUUAUCCGUGGAACAACUUAACAUGCAAGGAACUCCUGGAUCAUAUGGAAGGUGUUAGGGUUUUACUUUCCAACAACUUAAUAUGACACAAUUAACUCCCAAAAGGACGGGAGGGAGAAAGAAAAAAAACUUUAUCUACAGGGUUUUCAUUAAGAAUUCUAAUAGCAAGAGAAAUGUGUAAUGUUACAGGACAAUAUUUUGAAAGAGGCUUCUUGUCUGAAUAAAAAAUAAUAAUCAUAGGCUAACUAAUGUUAGCCCGAGAAUUUUGCAUAAUAAUGGUGAAUUAUCUGAUCUCCAAUGCCUAAUGAACACCCUUAUCCAUCGAACAACCACAUGGGGUUGCUAUCCAGUUGCUUCAAUUUGAUAAGCACUUGCCUACUGAGCGGGAGGCCUCUGGUUCAAACUCGGCCAGACUAACACUCAGGUUCUUGAAAUAACUGACGAGAAAGUGCUGCCUUUGUAAGGACAUCUGCAAACGGUUAUGUUUUCUAGUCUUCUUUCGUAGGGAUGACCCUUGCUCGUAUAAAUUCUGUGGGACAUUAAAGAACCCACGCACUGUUUGUUAAGAGUAGGGGACGUUGUCCCCAGUGUGGUGGUCUAUCUCUUAUGUGGGGCGGAACUCUUACAGGCCCAUAGUAAUUGGCGCCACCUGCUGUUGCUGUGACCCAGCCAAGAAUAAGCAAUUAGCAAACCUAAGUAAAUAAACAUAUGGAAGGUGUCAAGGGUUUUACGUUCCACCAACUAAUGAGUCCCAGAAUCAACUCCCAAUAAGUUCAGCAUCUACGUUAUAUCCAUCUAAUGGUACUCUCAAAACUCUUUGAACAGCAUUAUACACAGGGUAUGAGCAGCAGAGUGAAGUCUAUAUCACUAUCAUCAUAUGAACCAUCAACAGCAAGGGACCCAACACUACAGUCAAAAGAUAAGAGAGACAUUUUGGCAGUUUGUCUGUCUCACAUGGUGGUUAUAUGGACAUUUGUGUCUGAAUCACAGUGGACUGUGCUCAGUAAAUGGACUCUGCCUGUGGUGAGAGAUUGUUAUAUGAUUAUUUUAUAAAUCAGUGUUCAGUUAAGUGUUGAAAGUAGCUUAUGAAUAGUCCAGUUUCAAAUUAUCCAACUUCAUACAAACAAACAAGCAACAAAGUUCAUUCGCAUUACCAUUUGCUUAGAUGGUGUUGCAUAAAAAAUCGAAAAUAAUAUAAAAAUAAAAUAGAUUAAUAACUAAAUAAAAAGAAAAGUAAAUCCCCCCAAAAAGAUAUUCAUGGUAGUUUAGGAUUAAUGGUAUAAAUGUGGUAACAAAGUGAUCACAAUGAUACUGGGUUCCCAGGCUGAGAAUAAAACAAAGAAAAUGAAUUGUUAAUAUCUGAAUUUCAAUGCAAUUUCUUUUGUUUUAUACCUCUCAGCCUAACAGCCCAGUAUGAAUUUUAAUAAUAAAAGACUGGCCUGUUACUAUGGGUUUGUGACUCGAUACAGCUUUAGGCUCUUUCUCAUCAAGAGCCAAAAACCCAUUGACCCAAAACAAGUUCAGUUUAAAAAAAAAGAUUACAAUACUGGGAACGAAAGAAAUUCUAGGGUUUCUUAUCCAAAUAGAGUCAAGCUUAGACUGAUUUCCCCUUAAAUGGACACUUUUUUACCUCGAACAUCUGUUGUUACUAAAUAGGAUGGAGAAGAAGAGUUUGUAAGUGUCNACUCUGCCUGUGGUGAGAGAUUGUUAUAUGAUUAUUUUAUAAAUCAGUGUUCAGUUAAGUGUUGAAAGUAGCUUAUGAAUAGUCCAGUUUCAAAUUAUCCAACUUCAUACAAACAAACAAGCAACAAAGUUCAUUCGCAUUACCAUUUGCUUAGAUGGUGUUGCAUAAAAAAUCGAAAAUAAUAUAAAAAUAAAAUAGAUUAAUAACUAAAUAAAAAGAAAAGUAAAUCCCCCCAAAAAGAUAUUCAUGGUAGUUUAGGAUUAAUGGUAUAAAUGUGGUAACAAAGUGAUCACAAUGAUACUGGGUUCCCAGGCUGAGAAUAAAACAAAGAAAAUGAAUUGUUAAUAUCUGAAUUUCAAUGCAAUUUCUUUUGUUUUAUACCUCUCAGCCUAACAGCCCAGUAUGAAUUUUAAUAAUAAAAGACUGGCCUGUUACUAUGGGUUUGUGACUCGAUACAGCUUUAGGCUCUUUCUCAUCAAGAGCCAAAAACCCAUUGACCCAAAACAAGUUCAGUUUAAAAAAAAAGAUUACAAUACUGGGAACGAAAGAAAUUCUAGGGUUUCUUAUCCAAAUAGAGUCAAGCUUAGACUGAUUUCCCCUUAAAUGGACACUUUUUUACCUCGAACAUCUGUUGUUACUAAAUAGGAUGGAGAAGAAGAGUUUGUAAGUGUCAAGUUUGUACCAAUUAAGUCUCAUGUUGUUCUUCUGGUUGGUGGAAAUUUUCAUCAUGGAAAUGGAAGGUGGGUGACAUGAUUCUACAGAAGCGUUACUGUUGUAAAGAGACCUUUCUUUUGCUCUGUUAUUGUAAAGGCACAGGAAUCUUUGACCAACAUUGUCUCAUAACGUUUUUACUUUAAAUGUGACAGUUACGAAAAUUUGCUCCUACCUUUCAGUAAUAAUAGUGAAAAAAUUUGAUUUGACUGGCGGUAAAUAGUUUUGUGAGAUUAAAGCUUUUUAAGGAAAGUCUCCUCCAAGUGAUAAACUUUGCUGUUACUUUUAUUUGGCUGAAAUGUCUGGUAUACGGUUUUAUUGAUGUAAUAUGUAAGUCAAAUAAAUCAUUGGAGAAGAAGUCUGUAAAAAUUAAGGGACUCUGAAUUCAACUUUGAAGUUAUUUUCAAAUUUUUGGAUAACAGCACUAUCAAUCUUGAGGGUUUUAUCUAAACACUGAAUCACAAGCUCAUAUAAUAGGACCAAACUGAUUUAAGUGCACAAAGUUAAAAAUUGUGUUUAAAAAUAUAAGACUAGUAAACUUGGGUGUAGCUCUUUUUUCCGUAUUGCUUACCAAAAAUGAAGGUCGGGAUAACUUGUACAAGGUUUUCACUUAAGAGGGGAAGAGACAGAAAAAGAACGAAAUAUGGAAAAUAAAAAGUUUUCUCUUACUUUUACAAUGUCAGAGUCCUUGGUUAUUCAGAGGAGGGUGAAUACUCACUGGACCUGGAAAUUGAUGAACAGUAAGUGGAGUGCUUCUUACCUCUUGACUAAAACAAUUUGUGGUAAUGAUAUCUGCCCAUGAAAAUAAUUUUUAUCUGCACCUCUCUCUUAGAUGUUGUAGAACAAAUUAAUGACUCUGUAAUUGUGUUUGUAAUGUCUCCAAAUAAGUGGUAGGACUUGAGGAGAAUCAAAUCAUAUCAUGUGUAUGUUGUGGACCUUUAUACUUUACAUAGGUAACAGUUGUCACAGGAGCGAUCUUUCAUUUUUCGCCAGUUUUUGACCAAUGGAUGUUACUACAGGAAAAAAAGCAUGCAGUUCUUAAUUCAUUUGUUUUAAACAAUUCACAGAGAAAACAAGUAUUCCUUUUCGACGAUGAGUUUACUCCAUGAUACAAAGGAUUACAAGACUGGCGAAGACGUAGAGUUUGUCAUAGGAGAUAAGACAUCUAAUAAAAUUACCCUGACAAAGUGGACUUUGGACAGCUUUUGUUUGUAAGUUGUAUUCUGUGUAACACUGAUGUACCGUUUUUAGAAGAGUAUGUCUUGUGACCAUAAUAACUCAUACUGCCACUAGAGUGGUGACAAGGUUGCUCANGAGUUUACUCCAUGAUACAAAGGAUUACAAGACUGGCGAAGACGUAGAGUUUGUCAUAGGAGAUAAGACAUCUAAUAAAAUUACCCUGACAAAGUGGACUUUGGACAGCUUUUGUUUGUAAGUUGUAUUCUGUGUAACACUGAUGUACCGUUUUUAGAAGAGUAUGUCUUGUGACCAUAAUAACUCAUACUGCCACUAGAGUGGUGACAAGGUUGCUCAUCUCUGAAACAAUUAGUCUUAAAUACACCAUUACAUCUCUAUCAUGGCGCCAUGAACACAAAUCAACAUUUCAGUCUUAACAAUAUGCAGCAUGUUUGUCACAUGAACCUAGUUUAGGUAGCCCUACAGUGUAGCUCCCACAAGUGUCUUGUAGCCCAGUGGUAUAGCAUCUGGUCUAGGUCUAGGCUGGAAGUAGGUUGUGUAACUGAUCAUCUAGGUUGUCUGAAGCUAGUGUAACUGACUGAAAAAUCUUCUUUCUCAGAAAAUCAUUGGAGGACAUUAUGCAUUUUGUAGUUCUUGUCUUAUUUACAUAUUGUCAACCUACUUUCCUGCUAUUCUUUUCUCAUCAAGGUUGGUCGAACAGUGGCAGAAGUUUACUCCUAUCUAUAGUGACUCUGAACUGUCAUCUCUCCAAUUUGUUCAUGGAAGUCAUUGUCUUCUUUUGGGGACUACAAAUGAGAACUUGAUACUGUGGUAAGUUUUCUGCAGACCAAAUGCGCCUUUGUAGCUUUACUUAGAGGCCUUAAUUAGCUUUAAAAACUGUAAAAAUAAUUGUUUUCAGGCUUUUCCACCCUGGAAAGGCAACAAUUUUUCUGCUGUUUGACUGCCUUGUCCACGUUGAAAUUGUUUGUUCCACCAACAUUAACGGAUAUUUUAUAUUCUCUUAAAAUGUCUUUUAAGAUUUUUCCGGGUAGGUAUUUUUUGGGGGGAGCUUCUCUAUUCUGUUGCUGAAUUUUGUUUAAGAAAACUGUAUGUCAAUAUGGUCUGUUUUGUCCGUACGGUCGAGGAAUACUCUUGUUCUUUCACACUCAAAAUCUUAAUUUGCCAGUUAAUCCCAGUUUAUCUGUUUCACCCUGUACUACUUGCAGCUCAAGGAGCACCACGAAGAGAAAGUGUUCACCGAAAUCUUUUGAAGGCGAUUACAGGCCUUUCCAACGAUUCCAACAUUUGUUUCUUGCAAGAUUUAAUUUAGAGUCACUCACCAUACUGUUCUUUCUAGGAACCACAUAACAUGUCAACAAUUAAGAAGCAUAAACCUUCACACUUCAGGGUUGGGUCAACUGUCUUGUAUCAACGCUUUUACUGACAAGGUGAGAUAAAAGUUUUUCCUUUUGUUUUUUUGCUAAAAUUACAGUCUGUCCAUCUCUUAUUGCAAGAAAACCCUCUUCAGGUUUUAACUUACAAUAAAAUUAUUUAUCAUAAUCCUUUACUGCAAGGAAAUUAUAUUCAUUUCUUUGAUGAUGCUAUACUAAAAAAAAAGCUAAUAAAGAUUAAUUAGCAGGAAAGUAAAUAUUUCUGAGAGGAUUUCUGAAGAUGAUUUAAACUCUAUCAUUCUAAGUGCAAGUAGCUAUCAUGGCAUCCCUUUGGGAACCUUCUAUAAAAUGACAGUCUUUGAGUGAAAUAUAGUUUAUUUAUUGUUUUGUUUUUUUCAGGGUCUCCUUUUUCUGAUAAUGUCCAGUAUUCAAGCAGCUAAGGUAGUGUUUGUUACAUCUAAAACUUAAUUACAUUUCUCUUUCAAUACAGCUGCCUCAAGUCAGUUUUGUUCGAGACCCUGUUUUCCAAGACAGUCAAAUCUUGUUAAGUCUGCAAAAAAGGCGUUUUUUGUGCGUUUAUGGACAAGUGAAACGUCCAAACGAAGCACGGAACUUGAGCGCGACUGAAGGUGGCGCAAGAUACUGUUAAACUAAUGCACGUGACUCGAGCUCCAUGUUUCCUUGUUAAACUCAAACAAUUUUCUAACGUAGCAUUUAGGGUGUUCUGGUCAUAGAAAAAUGAACAAAGAACUCCAGACAAAAAUAAUCACCGAUUAGUACAUUUUGAACCUUCAAGGACUGGAAAAAAGUAAUUUGACGAUUCGGUAGUAAGUGGAAAAAUCCGGUUUUUUUAUUUAUUUGACUAUUCUUCAAACCAAAGAGGGGGGCAGCUAUUGCGGGAGAAAUGUAUGUAAAUGUCAGCUGCGCUCAUUGUUUACAAUUUGUAUCUUUAGCUAUCUCAUUUAAAAUGGAAGACAGGCUUUAGGCGUGCUUAAAUGCAUCUUAGCGUAAUAACACUAGUCCCUGUUUGCGAUUUAUUGAAUGAUUGGAUGUUGUGUUUUUUCAGGGAUGUAAUUCUGAUCAUAAAAACAGUCAUGGUUGCUCGUUGUACGCCAUGAAUCCUAGACAUUCCAGAGGUAUCUGCUUGGAAAGUUUUGUCUUACCCGAAAGGUCAGUAAGUACAUAGAAAACUGUAUUGUGAACUCUUGUGUUACGGUGUAAAAUGUCGCUACUGCAUUAACAUAAUGUUGUGAUCAGAGAGAUACAUGUACAUCCUUUCUGUUGUUGUUUUAACUGUAGUCAGAAAAAGGGAAAAGCGAUUUGAGAAUUGUUCAAUAAAAGUUAUUAGAUGAGUUUUGUCAGGACUGAGGUGAAUUUGUCGACAACCCUGUAAUCUGAUUUCGUUUAAAAUCUGCCCCCUAACAACCACUGGUUCAAUGUUGCGUAAUUUACUUUUUGUGUUUGUUUGAUGUUACAUUUGUUCAUUAUUUAAGAAAGUCUUAAAGGUAAUGUAUAUUUAACUUAACCUUUGUUCACAGGGUCAGUAUUGUGAGCACAAAUGGUCAGUUUAUUGCUGCUGGAGAUCAGGAAAAGAAUGUAGUAAAACUUUGGAACAUAACCAGCAGUAAUCAGUAUGCCACCCUUCAAGUCUUCCAAGGUAUUUUUGAGCUCUAUUUUGUAUUGACCCUAACCAUAACCUAAAUAGCUAAGGCAAUAUGAGAAGGGGAUGCCCAUAUCACUGUAACAGCGACAAGAGAGAAAAACGAGAAGAUCCUGGGGACGAGGUUGUUUUUUCCCUGUCCCUGGUAACAAUCCCAGGGGUCUUUGCGAAAGUUACCUCAGCCCAGUUUCCUUGUCGAAGAUAAUAUUCAUAGAAACCUAUGUGCAGCAGCCAUGUAGCCUACCGCCGCCUACUGUAACUGUUCUCUUGUGUUUGGCAGAUGAAGUGAGCAGCAUUGGCUUUCAUCAAGACAAGCCUCUUAUGGCCUUCGGAAGCAUUACAGGCUGUGUUCAUCUCUUUUCUUAAGACUAGCUAAAACUGCAGUCUGUCCAUCUCUUAUUGCAAGAAAACCCUCUUCAGGUUUUGACUUACAUGUACAAUAAAAUUCUUUAUCAUAAUCCUUUACUGCAAGGAAACUAUAUUCAUUUCUUCGAUGAUGCUAUACUAAAAACUAAUAAAGAUUAAUUAGCAGGGAAGCAAUUAUUUCUGAGAGGAUUUCUGAAGGUGAUUUAAACUAUCAUUGAAAGUGCAAGUAGCUAUCAUGGCAUCCCUUUUUUAAAUGAUCUUUAUGCUUUUAUGGGGAGCUUUCUAUAAAGUGAUGGUCCUGGAGUGGAAUAUGGUUUAUUUAUUGUUUUGUUUUUUUCAGGGUCUUCUGUUUUUGAUAAUGUCCAGUAUUCCAGCAGCUAAGGUAGUGUUUGUUACAUCUAAAACUUAACUACAUUUGUCUUUCAAUACAGCUGCUUCUCGUCUCUUAUGUUCGAGACCCUGUUUUCCAAGAAAGUCAAGUCUUGUGAAGUCUGCAAAAAGGGCGCUUUUUGUGCGUUUAUGGACAAGUGAAACGUCCAAACGAAGCACAGAACUUGAGCGCGACUGAAGAGGGCGCAAGAUACUGUUAAACUAAUGCACGUGACUCGAGCUCCUUGUUUCCUUGUUUAAACUCAUACAAUUUUCUAACGUAGCAUUUAGCGAGUUCUGGUCAUAGAAAAAUGAACAAACGACUCCAGACAAAAAUAAUCACCGAUUAGUGCAUUUUGAACCUUCAAGGGCUGGAAAAAUGUAAUUUGACGAUUCUGUAGUAAGUGGAAAGAUGCGUUUUUUUAUUUGACUAUUCUUCAAGCCAAAGAGGGGGACAGCGAGGGAGAAAUGUAUGUAAUGUCAGCUGCGCUUAUUGUUUACAAUUUGUAUCUUUAGCUAUCUCAUCUAAAAUGGAAGACAGGCUUUAGGCGUGCUUAAAUGCAUCUUAGCGUAAUAACACUAGUCCCUGUUUUGCGAUUUAUGGAAUGAUUGGAUGUUGUGUUUUUUCAGGGAUGUAAUUCUGAUCAUAAAAACAGUCAUGGUUGCUCGUUAUACGCAAUGAAUCCUAGAAAUUCCAGAGGUAUCUGCUUGGAAAGUUUUGCCUUACCCGAAAGGUCAGUAAGUACAUAGAAAACUCUUAUGUAGUUGUGAACUCUUGUGUUACGGUGUAAAAUUUCGCUCCUGCAUUAAAAUAAUUUUCUGAUGAGAGAGAUAUAUGUACACCCUUUCUGUUGUUUUAACUGUAUACAGAAAAAAGGAAAAGCGAUUUGGAAAUUGUUAAAUAAAAGUUUAUCGAUGAGUUUUGUCAGGACUGAAGUGAAUUUGUCGACAAAACCCUGUGAUCUGAUUUCGUUUAAGAUUGUAGUUAAAUGUCCCGUGUUCAAAGUAAUCAACAAUUAUGCCUUUUAACCAAAAUUGCACUUCUGCUCCCUAACAACAAAUUGUUCAUAGCGUAAUUUACUUUUACUAAUUGUGUUUGUUGGACGUUAGAUUUGUUUAUUAUUUAAGAAAGUCUUAAAGGUAAUCUAUCUUUAACUUAACCUUUGUUCACAGGGUCAGUGUUGUGAGCACAAAUGGUCAGUUUAUUGCUGCUGGAGAUCAGGAAAAGAAUGUAGUAAAACUUUGGAACAUAACCAGCAGCAAUCUGUAUGCCACCCUUCAAGUCUUCCAAGGUAUUUUUGAGCUCUAUUUUGUAUUAACCCUAACCCUAACCUAAAUCGCUAAGCCAAUAUGAGAAGGGGAUGCCCAUAUCACUGUAACAGCGACAAGAGAGAAAAUCGAGAAGAUCCUGGGGAUGAGGUUGUUUUUUUCCUGUCCCUUGUAACAAUCCCAGGAGUCUUUGCGAGUCAGCCAAGGUUCUUUGGCGAAGAUAAUACUGAUAGAACCCCGCUAUGUGCAGCAGCCAUGUAGCUUCCUACCGCCGCCUACUGUAACUGUUCUCUUGUGUUUGGCAGAUGAAGUGAGCAGCAUUGGCUUUCAUCAAGACAAGCCUCUUAUGGCCUUCGGAAGCAUUACAGGCUGUGUUCAUCUCUUUUCUUAAGACU